GCACAGUGGUGCUGCAACGAAUUGCCCUGAAUUUUUGUACAAUUCUUUACCCGUUUAAAAUUCGGGAGAGGGGCUGCUGAAUCGGAGACUGCAGUAAUAGAAAAUCUCAGUCGAGAAGCGGCCGGGCAAGUCGGGGUCUGCGCGGACGCCAGGAGCGCAAAGCAGUUGGCGGCCUAAAAACAGUGUCCCGACAAUUGCAAGACGAAUACAUUUGUGCUGUCUUCCUGGAAUCCCACCCGAGGCCCAUCGCUUUCCCUCCGUCGCAUCCGGAACGCCGUUGCGAGCGACGGAGAGCGAGGCAAUGCGAGGGCCGGGAGCUGGGGGGGCUGGACUGGUGGUUAGUCUGUUUAGAUGCGUCGGAUCGAACGCCGUGAGAGGUUCAAUCGCGGGCACCGAAAGAGACAAAGAGCGCGUGAUGUGAUCAGGUGGAUCAGGUUGCAUCGGAUCAAGUGGAUCAGGGACCCUGUGAAAGGUUGGAGCUUUGCGACUUGCACUUGAGCGAGCGCCGCAGGGGGAGAGAUCGGUCAUGUGGGUCGUGGAGGUUGUGGGAUGUUCAGGUUGAUGAUGGUUUCUUUGUGAAGUCUUUCGGAGCGCAGGUUUAGCGGUGACACGGAUCGGAGACGGGGAAGGAGAAGAAGAAGAAGAUCAAGAAGAUGUUAGGUCCUUGCAGAGCUGGACGUCAGGAUUUGGUUUAUUCCUCGUUUAUAGGGGAUUGCAUUCACAGAUGAUUUUUUGGAACGCAGCUUGUUAUAUGAUUCGAAGCGGUUUUGAAGUGGAAUAUGGUUGGGGAGCACUCUGAAAGGGGGUUGUAACUGCGAACGUGCGGGAAGGGUUCAGGGUUUUGGGGGAUCAGCGGGAAGGGUGGCUAUAUGAUCAUCAGACUUGGAAGGAUACCUGAGUAGAGUCGACGGAAGAUCACAGAGGAGGUGGGGGACAAGUAGCGAAGGUAGAUAUUUGUGGCAGGGUUUAUGAAUUAGGUUGAGGAAAUCGAGUUUGCGGGGAUGCUGAUGAUCUAGGAUCAUGGUCGCGAAGCCUAUGUCGCUGUUGUCGAAGAGUGUUGGCCAUGGAGAUCGGGUGGUGCCCAGCAGGGACAGGGACGGUAGUGUUAGCAACGGCGGCACCCGAGCGUCGUCGGUGAAGAAGACGCGUUCGCUUAAAGCUCGCAGUCCGGAGCGAGGGGAAGUAGAGCGAGUCUCGGGAAAUGUGAGUAGCACCCCUACCCCGAGAAUCCGGAGCGUAGCCCGUCACAUUACCUUGGAACAUCAGCAGCUGAAUCGUUCGAGGGAUGCGGAUACAGGGGUGAAUGGGUGUCGCCACCCUACGUUGGAACAUCCGCAGUUGACUCGCUCAAGGGAUGCAGAAGCAGGCGUGAAAUUUGAGGGCCGCCACAUCGCUUCGGACCAUCAACAGCAUAGUCGGAACUCAAAAGACGUAAACUCUACAGGGGGGAAAUUUGAGGGUCGGCAUACUGCCUCUGAAUAUCAGCAGCCUAGCCGGAAUUCUAGAGAGUCCGUGGAUUCAGGCGGGAGUAAGUUUGAGGGUCGUCACACUUCUUCGGAUCAUCAGCCGCCUAGUCGCAACUCUAGAGAAUCUAACGGUUCAGGUGGGGGUAAAUUUGAGGGUCGGCAUGCUGCUUCUGAUCAUCAGCCGCAGAGUCGCAACUCUAGAGAAACUGGCGAUUCAGCGGCGGGUGGACUUGAGGGGCGCCAUGUGCCUUCUGGACACCAUCAAUCCAGUCGGAACUCGAAAGAUGUGGAUUCAGCAGGAGAGAAACCUGAGCUCGACGACUCGAUGCCGACUGCCGCGAACAGGCCCUGGGAAAACGGAGUGCAUCACCCCAGCCUGAAUUCGCCGAUGAUGUUGAGUCUCGGUGGGGGUGUGCAGAUGAAGUGGACGGCGACACAGCACCUGGACCUGCAGUCGGCUUUGCGGUCCGGUUCCCCAGCUGCUCACCCUCAUUGCGCGACGUUCCAUCCAACCCUGCCGUUGAUUGCCGUGGCUGUGGGUAGAAAUAUCGUCGAGUUCGAUGCAUUGACAGGGAGUAAGCUUUUGAGCAUGGACAUUGGAGCAACGGUGGUGCGCAUGGCUUACAGUCCCGCUGGAGGUCAUGUCAUUGUUGCUGUGCUUGAGGAUUGGACUAUCAGGUCGUGGGAUCUGGACACAGAGCAAACACAUAUACUCUAUUCUCCAGCAGAUAGGAAGUCUGAUAACGCAAACGGAGGCAGUAUUGAAGUUCACAUAGCACUUACACCUCUCAAAUCUUGGAUUUUUUUUGUUGCUCAUCGCCGACUGAGUGUCAAUGUUGUUGGCACAGACGUUGAGAACGCGAAGUCUGCUAGUAAAGUAAAGAUGGACUUAAAGAGGCCUAUAGCCCAACUGGCAUGCCACCCUCGGCAUCCAGUAUUGUACGUGGCAUACUCGGACGGGAUAGUACGAGCUUACCACAUUCAGAACUUCGCUGUCUUGUAUACCUUGCAAAUCGAUCCUGCUGUGAAGUUAUUAGGAGCUGGAGCGUUUGCCUUCCAUCCAACUUUAGAGUGGAUGUUUGUCGGUGACCGAAGUGGAACUCUUUUGGCGUGGGAUGUUUCAGUCCCAAGUCGACCAAGUCUGAUUGGCAUCAUCUCCACUGGCACAAGUCCGAUCGUUUCAGUCUGCUGGCUCGCAAUGCUCAACAUGGUCGUUACACUCAAUAAGGAAGGAUCAGUUCAAGCCUGGCGGACUCGUGUAGCCCCUGAUCCAAAUAAACCCCAUAUGCGUGCCAACUUUCUGGAAUCUGCAGGAGUAGACCCUUUGGAUAUUACCACAAUCCUGAGCCAGAAUGGCGGGGGCACUCUGCACCCACUUCCGAGGAUUAUCGACCUUCUGGUUCAUCCGAAGUUCAAUCUGACAUCACUACUUUUUGCGAAUGCAUCAGCUAGUCCUGAGGACACUAGGAGAAGAGGAGGUGAUCGUGCGUCUCGCGAUUCGAGAAAACAGCUGAUUACGGUGCUUCAGGCGGCUCCAGCGUCGAUGAUCUGCGUGUGCAGGCUUGCUUCCACAGAGCUUCAGAGCAAUCUGUUGGUGGAGGUGUCCGACUCCCGAUUUCAUCUCCACAAGUUUCCCCUUCUUUCUCGUAGCGGACGACUCAAUCGCUUGGUCUUCGAGUCAAGAGACACAAACAAAGACCACAUCAAGCUCCCUCAAAUGCCAGGUGGUGCGGAAGCCUUUGAGCUCUGUGUGAAAUUCUGCUACGGCAUGCCGUUGGAGUUGACCCCACAAAAUGUGGCCACGCUUCGGUGCGCAGCCGAGUACCUGGAGAUGACGGACAGUUUAGAAGAUAGAAAUCUCGUCUCCAAGACGGAGCACUAUCUGAGCUUCGUCAUUUUACCAUCGUGGAAGGACUCCAUUACAGUAUUGCAGUCAUGUCAGAGACUACUUCCAUGGGCCGAGGAAACGCAAAUUGUGAGAAGGACUAGUGAGAGUGUAGCAUGGAAGGCUUACACUGAUCAGCAUGGAAUCAAGUGGUCGUUCACUAGUACUUCGAAUGUGCCGACGACGACGCAGCACAUUCCUCAUGAUUGGUGGGUAGAGGACGUGAUCCAGCUGAAUUUUGAUGCAUUCAAGAAGGUCAUGACCGCCGUGACAGCCAAAGGCAUGGCGUACACGCUGGUGGGCUCGGCCAUAGCUCAAUACGGCACACGGUGGAUUCCUGGAGUUGAAAAGAAGAUUCGGAAGCAUCACCAAGAGCCGAACAGGGAAAUUCCAGGAUCUUACUUGACCGGUAAAGAGAUCGUUCUUCGUGACGCACCGAAUCAUGUCCAGAGCCUGAAUCAAGACGAAAAUAGAGAGUUGGUGGAAGGUGUGGCAGCCAUGUUGCCGCCACAGCAGGACGGUGUUUCCUGUAGCUUCUUGUUGAGGCUGCUGCGGGCGGCAUGCGUGUUUGGUGCUAGCGCUUCUUGCCGGGAAGAGCUGGAGAGGCGAGUGGGUUUGCAGCUGGAGCAUGCAUCACUUAGCGAUCUUCUCAUCCCUUCUUCGCAUCCUGCAAGUCAGACGAUGUAUGAUCUCGAUGUUAUUCAACGCAUUCUCGAGCACUUCUUGCUCAAGGAUCAAACUGGUAUGGCUAGUCCUACAAUGAGUGUGAAGAAUGACAAGCAACUCCACGUUUUCGAGAACGGCGUCAGUAAACCACCGACAACCCCGACUAUGAGCAAAAGCAAAGUCGCUAAGCUCAUGGACGCAUACCUCGCCGAAGUCGCCAGGGACUCGAAUCUUCCGCUGGCGAGAUUCCAAAACUUUGCGGAGGCAGUGCCUCAGUUUUCGCGGGCAACGGAUGAUGGAUUGUACAGAGCUGUCGAUACAUACCUUAAGGCACAUCCUACCAUGACAGAGCACGAGCGCAAGAAACUGUGUCGUGUAAUGGAUUGUCAGCGACUCUCCCUGGAAGCGUGUCUGCACGCUGCACAGAACGAGCGUCUUCCUCUUCGCGUUGUCGUUCAGGUAUUGUUUAGUGAGCAAGUUAAGCUUCGUAAUGCAAUCACAGGGCACUCUUCCAAGAAGGCAUUGCGCGACAACCACCAGGUGGAGAACGGCAGCGCGCAUGCUUCUGUCCAGGAUUCUCAGGUCGGAAGCCAAAGUAUUGUUUCUAGACCAGAUGACUCAGACGCCACUGACGGGCUCUCUCUUCACGAGAGCUGGCUAGCCGCACGGCAGGACAUCAAGUACCUUAAACAAGAUAUGGAGAGAAUGAAGGCCAAAUACGCCGAUCUUGAACAUGAUUACAUGACCCAACAGGUUGAAAAGAAAGCAAAACCGAAACCGAACUCCUCUUCAGCAUGGACGUCAGGGUGGAAGAAGAUGAGCAGCACUUUGAAGCGUCCCAGCUUAUUUCACUCUUCAAAACAAGAUUUCGAGUACAAUCACAAGGACGACGCUUCCAUCGCGCCCACCAAUCCCGAAUCUGGCGACGGCGCACACGAUCACUCUUUCACUCCCAGAGUUACCACUGCCGAUCAGCGCAGGAGGUCACAUUCAGUGACCUCGAUAGCAUCAGUUCAAAGAUGGAGAAAUUCCAUCUCAUAACACCGGUACCGUCCGCGUGCUUCUUCUGCACGGAGCUAGUGGCCUUGCUGGUUGAUUGGCUUGACUGCUCAGAAAAUCAAUUGGAUUCGAGUGCUCAGGUGUAAAUUACAAUCUUGUCUAAACACAGCAACAACACUGACGGCAAGACGUCGGGCAGGGGGCUACGAUACGAUUGUCCGCAGCUGCUCCGUUCAUAGAGCUGCAACAAACCAAAAAGUUCCGGUAGAUUUAAUGGGGUUGUGGAUCGGGUGAUUAAACUGUAAAUUAUUUACAAGGGCUGUCUGCCUUCUGUAGAGAAGGAAUUGGAUCGAAUUUUUAGGACAAGAAAGAGCAGCGGCAUGUGGUCGUGACUUGCUAUGUACUCACCCCGAGAUUGUGCUCGUCACUCUUUGUAUGCAUUGGCAUUAGUAAAGACAUCUAAACAGUUUCAGUGGGA